AUGGCCGACCGGAAUAUAGAUGCACAUGUGGAGGUACCUCAGUACGUGAACAUUCUGGCAGCUACAAUAUGCUCCUUAAUGGUGAUAACUACGGAUAUGCAUGAAGUAGCUGGAUAUCACUUCAUUCACAUUGCGCCGUGGAUCCAAACGACUCUGGAUUUUAUGCUUGCUUUUGCCGAAGGAACGGAAGGUGUCACACUUAUGGUUUUUAAUGUCCAUCGACUUCUUCUCUGCAUUAGAGGUCACCUCAUAAAGAUUUUCUACGUCGUAUUUAUCCCUAUCUCAUUGUUGUUUGUAAUUUUUUAUGCUUAUGUGAACACUUUCUACCCGGACUCCAGCUUAUAUUUGUGCUACGUAUUUUUUGCUUUUGUUUCCUCAAUUAUAGUGAUUUGCUACUUUAUCCUACGCAGACAUUUCAAAAAUAAUGGUUAUUCUGAGAACGUCGUCAAUAUGAUAUUUAUGUGGUAUCCAGCGGCCAUUGGAACAACCAUUAUGUGGUCUAUAUCCGGAUUCUUAACUGGACCAGCUCAAAAGCGUUCAAAAUCAAACAUUUCUAUAGUAGAUCUUGCAACGGUGCGACGGUGUACGUUGGAGGACCAACUUGCUCGGUUCAAGUCAAAAUACUAG